GUCUUCUAUAAGGCAUGCUUGUCACUCUUAAUUUGAGCAAGGUAUCUGCAAAACAUUGAUGCUCAACUCUAUCAACGAGACCCCUCCAAUCCCUAGGCCAUAUUCCAAUGCGCUAGGCCGGGUGCGCGCCCCUAGGGAGGAAGUACAUCGGUGUCGUGGUCGGUGCUCCUGUCGCUAGGUAUUGACGCGCCAGUACGACGUACUUUGUUGUCAGUGUGUUUUGACAAGGCGUACAAUUACCGCCACUCUCGCACUUUUCUGGCGUACUGCCUCAGCUACCUAUACAACGUCAUGUUGUCCUGUGCUUUCUCUACCUUAUGUGACUGGUUCCCUGUGGCGCUGUCAAGACACGGUCACAAUUACCGAAGCACGUGACAAGCCGUCCACGCUGGCCGCACCUGUCCCCAAAGCUCCCUCACCGUCCGACAGUGUGACCGGUACGUACCUGCAUUAUUAGGUGAGCAGAGCCCAGGCUCCACCGGCCACCACUAACUUGCGAAAGGUGAGCUAAGCUAUCGUCAACCCGUGUGCCUGGCCAUCGCAUCACUUUGUCAUUUCCAGUCUCCCCGUCUUUCGCAUCAUCCACAUCGUCGCAGGAGACUUUCCGCGCCUAUUCAAUCGAUUGGGAUCUACUUCGUCUAUCUCUCGUGCUUGGCCGGCCGACGUGCGCAUGACUGCAGUCCUAAACCUGCAACUUAGUAGCCAGGCAACCGGGGGCAUACGCAUCAACGACAUCGGCUCCUCUAUCGUGAUAGAAUCGAGCGCCCCGACACCCACCAAGCUCUCGUGAGCCUUUAUCGCGGAUACCCGUCAGCCCAGGCGACGGCAUUGCAAAAAUCGGGCUCAAAAUGCCUACCACGACUGCCGAGACGCUCUCCCUCGUCACCCGAAACGUCACCGUCGCGCCCCUCGUCCUCCUCUCCGCAGUCGAUCACUACAACCGUACCGUUCAGAACAAGACGAAACGGCGAGUCGUAGGCGUCUUGCUCGGCCAGAACGAUGGCAAGAAUGUGAGGGUGUCCAACAGCUUCGCUGUUCCCUUUGAGGAAGACGAGAAGGACCCUUCAGUCUGGUUUCUAGACCACAACUACGUCGAGUCCAUGAACGACAUGUUCAAGAAGGUCAACGCCCGCGAGAAGCUGAUAGGAUGGUACCAUUCUGGUCCCAAACUUCGCGCCUCCGACCUUGAGAUCAACGAUCUUUUCAAGCGCUACACACCGAAUCCACUCCUCGUCAUCAUUGAUGUGCAGCCUAAGGAGUCGGGCGUCCCCACAGAUGCCUAUUUCGCUGUCGAAGAGAUCAAGGAUGACGGCACGACUACCUCCAGGACCUUCGUCCACACUCCGUCCAUCAUCGAAGCCGAGGAAGCCGAGGAGAUUGGCGUCGAGCACUUGCUGCGGGAUAUCCGCGAUGUCGCUGUCGGCACGCUGUCCACCCGCGUCACUAAUCAGCUUCAGUCGCUUCAAGGUUUGCACCUGCGGCUGCGUGACAUCGGCGCCUACUUGCAAAAGGUCCUCGACGGGCAGCUCCCCGUCAACCACGCCAUUCUCGGCAACUUGCAGGACGUCUUCAACCUGCUCCCCAACCUGUCCACACCGGAGAGUGAUAGCAAGACCGGCGGCGGAGAACUGGCACACGCCAUGAGCAUCAAGACAAACGACCAGCUGAUGGCCAUCUACCUCAGUAGUCUGAUCCGCGCCAUCACUGCCUUCCAUGACUUGAUAGAAAACAAGAUCCAAAAUCGGCAGCAGCAAGAGGACAAGGAUGCCAAGAAAGAGGACGGGAAUGGCAAGGACGAGAAGAAGGAGGCAGGCGCCAAUGGAGUCAACGGCGAGGCCAAAGAUGGCGACAAGGAGAAGGAAGGGAAGGACAAGAAGAAAUAAAGUCACGACCGAGUGUGCAUUACGAAGCAAAAGAUGGACAGCUAAACGUGUUCCACACUCGCUCGUCAGCAGGCUAACGGAGGGCCAUGUGUUGGACCAUAUCCGUCUAUAUUGUAUAUGGACUACCACGAAAACUUUGUAGAGUAGAGCCAAAGACAGCCAAGCACAACGGGGG